UUAUAAUGUGAACUUUUACAGUGGCGAAGUGACAUCACGAGGCAGAUGACGUUGGUUGCAAAAGUUCAGACUGGGCGGGGGAGAGGCGCAUUUUCAGAGAGCGAAUCAGAGUGAAGAUAAACAGACAUUCAAGAUGGCGACGGAGAGAGACUUAACAGAGAAAUUUGGUAGUCAGAAACCGUGUAGAAAAGUGAAUGCGAUUAAAUGGGCAUAACAGAGACUUGUGCUACUAAAAGGAAUUUCAGGAGUUAUGUGUCUGUGAUGCUGCUUCCUUCUCAUCGAAGCUCUCGUUUGUUUUUAUGUUUAGCUUGUGGGACUUAGCUGUAAGGAUUGUUAUCCCGCAAGCUAAUGUUGUACCGCCGCCGGAGAGCUGUAGAUUAACGUUAAAUUGAACAGGUUUCAAACUAUUAAUGCACACAGUGUUCAGUUUCAGUCCCACACCCUGGAUAUAGUACCUGCAUAACGUUAGCCCACAAGACGCUGAACACCGUGUAACAUUAGCUGAAAAAGAUAACGUUAACGUCAGUCAUGUAUUUUUUAACUGGCUGGCCCCGAAGGCUUCUAUGCCCCUUGAAAAGUGCGGAGGAACCGUUCCACAUUCAGCCCAGCUACCAGAGGGUUCUCUUCGCGGUGUUGUCAGAAACUCAGCUGAGUAUUUGGUUUAGCCGGCCUAGUGUCCUAAUAGUGAGCUACAUCGAGUCUGUAAAGGCAGCCACCCGGUUUGGAUUUUAUCAACAGUCUGAAUGGAAGCCAGACGAUUCCAUGAUCGCUGUGGUGGCUUCCAAAGGAUACAUCCUUUUAUUUGAUGUGCUUGGAAGCGCUGAUGAUAAAUACCUCUAUGAACCUGUCUACCCCAAGGGCAGUCUGCGUGUUAAGGUAACUCCUGGGUACAAGGAGGAACAAUGUGCUCCUGCUCUCAGUCUAGAGAUGAAGAAACCAGUUGACCUGGAGGCCCCCAUCACCAGUCUCCAGAGUAUGCCGGAGGACCUGCUGGUAGCUACAGCUGAUGGCUAUCUGCACAUCCUGCACUGGGACGGAGUGAGCAACGGCCACAAGACCAUCAGCCUCUGCACCGUCCCAUUCAGUUUGGACCUACAGUCAUCCAGAGGUGGGCCGUGUUUAGACCUUGAUGGGGUCCACAUCCGAGACAUGGAGUACUGUGUAACGCUGGACGGCUUUGCUGUUGUCUUUGAUGACGGAAGACUUGGCUUCAUCACCCCGACAGCCAACAGAUUUACUGCUGAUCAGCUGCAAGGAGUCUGGGCAGCAGAUGUGACUGAUGGCACCUGUGUGGCCGUCAAUAACAAAUACAGACUGAUGGCAUUUGGCUGUGCAAGUGGUUCAGUGUUGGUGUACAUGAUUGAGUCCACGACAGGAUCAAUGCAGCUGUCCCACAAACUGGAGCUGACCCCAAAACACUACCCAGAUGUGUGGAAUAAAACAGGCCCUGUCAAGAUGAUCCGUUGGUCACCAGACUACAGUGUUGUCAUGGUGACGUGGGAACGCGGUGGCCUUUCUCUUUGGAGUGUGUUUGGAUCUCAGCUCAUAUGCACUCUGGGGGAGGAUUUUGCUUAUCGUUCCGAUGGCACCAAGAAGGAGCAAUUAAAGAUCAGCUCUAUGUGCUGGGGUGCGGAGGGCUACCACCUCUGGGUGAUUGGCAAGGGUGAAGGAGGCGUGGACGGCCCCAUUACACCCCAACAGUCGGGCAUCCUGCAGUUUCAGUUCAUCAAGAGUGCCCUCACAGUCAACCCAUGCACGAGUAACCAGGAGCAGGUGCUCCUCCACGGUGAGGACCGGCUCUACCUGACGUGUGGAGACUCCACCCAGGCCCAGGGCAUCCCUGAGCCACAGCUGCACCAGGAGAACAGCCCCCAUCACAGGCCCCCAACCCUCUCUGCCUCCUCCCCACACCUCGCUCAGGGACUCAGCACUUUACUUGGCCAUAAACACUGGCAUGUGGUCCAGAUGCAUAGCACAUAUCUAGAGAGUAACUGGCCCAUACGGUUUGCAGUCAUAGACUCUGCUGGCCAGUGUAUGGCUGUAGCUGGGAAACGUGGAUUUGCACACUACUCAUUAUACACCAGGAAAUGGAAGCUCUUUGGGAAUAUCACCCAGGAGCAGAACCUGACUGUGACAGGGGGCCUGGCCUGGUGGACUGACUUUAUUGUUAUUGCCUGUUACAAUUUCAUUGAUCAGCAGGAGGAGCUGCGACUGUACCCCCGCGCCUCAAACCUGGACAACGCCUUUGCCAGCACCACCAAGCUGCCCUCAGACACGCUGCUGCUCAAUGUGUUCCGCAACAUGGUGGUGCUCUUCAGGGCAGACUGCUCAAUCUGCCUCUACAGCAUCAGCAGAAAUCAAGACAGUUCAACCCCCUCCACCUGUGUGGAGCUGCUUCAGGAGGUGUCCAUGUCGCGCUACAUCCCUCACCCGGGUCUGGUGGUGUCUGUCACACUGACCUCAGUGCGCACGGAGACGGGCAUCACUCUCAAAGCCCCUCAGCAGGCCUGCCUAGCAGAGAGCAUCUUGUUGAAUCUGGCAGGACAGCUCAUUAUGCUACAGAGAGACCGUUCAGGCCCACAGGUACGGGACAAGGACCCAACGCUCAGUCAAAAAAAGUUGUUACCCUUCUGCCCCCCAGUGGUGCUGGCCCAGUGUGUGGAGAACGUGUGGACGACGUGCCGCAGCAGCCGGAAGAAGCGCCACCUGCUGGAGGCUCUGUGGUUGUGGUGUGGCGAGGCGGGGAUGAAGGUGUGGCUGCCCCUCUUCCCACGCGAUCACCGCAAGCCCCACUCCUUCCUGUCCCGCCGCAUCAUGCUGCCCUUCCACAUCAACAUCUACCCCCUGGCUGUGCUGUUCGAGGACGCUCUGGUGCUGGGCGCCACCAAUGAGACCGUGCUCUACGACAGUGUAGGAGGAGGGGCCUCUCCCGUCACCGAGCCCCUGGAGGCCCUCUUCCCCUUCUGCACCGUGGAGCGCACCACGCACAUCUACCUGCACCACAUCCUGAGGCAGCUGCUGGUGCGCAACCUGGGCGAGCAGGCGCUCAUGCUGGCGCAGUCGUGCGCCGCUCUGCCCUACUUCCCCCACGUCCUGGAGCUCAUGGUGCACGUGGUGCUGGAGGAGGAGGCCACCUCUCGGGAGCCCAUCCCAGACCCGCUGCUUCCCACUGUGGCCAAGUUCAUCACAGAGUUCCCCUUCUUCCUGCAGACCAUUGUGCACUGUGCACGGAAGACGGAGUAUGCACUCUGGAACUAUCUCUUUGCUGCCGUGGGUAACCCUAAAGACCUCUUCGAGGAGUGCCUCAUGGCUCAGGACCUGGACACAGCCGCGUCCUACCUUAUCAUCCUUCAAAAUAUGGAAGUUCCAGCCGUGAGCCGCCAACACGCCACGCUACUCUUCAACACGGCGCUGGAGCAGGGCAAAUGGGACCUGUGCCGUCACAUGAUUCGCUUCCUCAAGGCGAUUGGUUCAGGAGAAGCUGAGACUCCACCCACUACACCAACCAUACAGGUGCUGACCCACCUGAGCCCCAUGUUGUCUGUUCAGGAGCCCAGCUCAACAGGUGGCUUUGAGUUCUUCCGGAACCGAAGCAUUAGCCUCUCCCAGUCAGCCGACAGCAUCACGGCUGGGAAGUUCAGCCUGCAGAAGACCUUCAGCAUGCCCUCGGGCCCCUCAACCAAAGGGGCAGAGCGUUGGCACAAGGAGGGUGACUGUGCAGAGAACAUGUACAUUGACAUGAUGCUGUGGCGGCACGCACGCCACCUUCUGGAGCAGGUGCGGCUCAGGGAGCUGGGCUCCUUCUCGGCACAGUUGGGCUUUGAGCUGAUUGGCUGGCUGUGCCGCGAGCGCACCCGAGUGGCCCGUGUGGAUGACUUUGUCACUGCACUCAAGCGCUUACACAGCGACUUCCUUUGGCCCUUCCCCGUCAUCCCCGCCUGUGCACUCAACUCUCCACUCAAGAAUGGACGCUGCCGGACAGUAUUAAGCACACAUCUGCUAAAGUCUCAGUCAGCUGACAGCCUGCUGAAUAGCACCAUGGAAGCGGCUCUGCCUGCAGCUGUUCCCACCAACCACAGCUGGCUGGACGGACUGGGGGCCAAAGACAUGGACUUGGCCUCCUCCCAUGGAGUCCCUGAAACCCAGGAGGCUUUCUUGUCACCACUCAUCAACAAAGUUGAGGAGUGCAGUAUUGGCUCCGCCACUGAUCUGACAGAGACCAGUUCCGUGGUGGAUGGUGAUUGGACCAUGGUUGAUGAGAACUUCACAACCUUGUGUCUGAGCCAGUCAGAGCUGGAACACAUCUCCAUGGAGCUGGCCAAUAAGGGUCCUCAUAAGUCCCAGGUGCAGCUCAGAUAUCUGCUUCACGUAUUCCUGGAGGCCGGCUGUCUGGAGUGGUGUGUGAUCAUUGGACUGAUUCUGAGGGACAGCAGCAUCAUCAAGCAGGUGGUCAGCUUCCUGGACUGUCCUGAUGUCCCGCAGGAGACUGUUCUCAGCAUCCGGAGUGGCCUCCUGGCAGUGGACGCUUGGGCCUCAUCUGACUGUUUGGGGUACAAGCCCUUCUUGAAGCUGAUCCGGCCCCAGCUGGAGAAGCUCCUGGAGAGUGAGGUGGAGCCAGUCGACCCAGAGUCCUUUCAGCCUGCUAGCGUGACCAAGCUGCUGGAGCCGGCCGUCCCCAGGAUGGAGGAGCGGGGCGGGCCGGUGCCUCUGGGGCUCACCCUGGCCCUGGAAGCUCCUGGAUCAGGACCUCUAGAAGAUGGACCCGAGGAGGAGCAGAAGGAGCGCAGCCCAGAGGAGGGCACAUAUGAUUGCACCCUCUCUUGACCCACAGCAUGUCAGCGCUCACCCCUGACACAGCCAGGCAGGUGUGGGGCCCAGGGGAGACAAGCAGAAGGUGUCAGACCUAGAUAUGGAGCCUUACACACCAGGACUCCCAUCAAUACUCUUUGCUAUUAUUAAGUGUUUCAUUGUUUUUCUGCUUUAAGGCUUUUAUGUGCUGGGAGAGUGUCCAUGUGUUUGUGGUCUGUCUGUGUGACAGGUGUCUUUAUCUAAGAGUGCAUGUGUGAUUUUGUGUGCUUUGGAAUAGGAUGUCUUUGUGUUCUCUGACUCUGUGUCGCUCAUAUUAGAGCGCCCCCUAUAGUUUCAGUACACUCAUUACACUUGUGGUGUUACAGGCUUUGAUCACCACACACAUACACCCUUUACCACAAUUGAGAUGCAUACAGAACUUACUAAACUUAUUUGGUGAGAAAUUGACUAGACAAAGAUCUCUGCUGUUUUUCAAAUUAUGUUUUGCACAGUGACAUCCUUAUUUGAAAUUAAGUUUUGCAGAGAUAAUGUGUUGAAGCCCAAGCUUUCUACCAAAAUAGAAAUAUUUCUUGUUUAUUGUUUAUUUCUUGUUUUAUUAUAUACAGACUUAAGGCCCAGGCAAACCAACACAUAGCAUAUGCAUCGCGUCCUAAUAUUGCAAUCCAGUUUGUCUGAAUGACCAAGGACUAAGGACUCUAAUGCUGUGUGUGUGUGCGUGUGUGUGUGUGCGUGUGUGUGCGUGUGUGUGCGUGCGUGCGUGUGUGUGUGUGUGUGUGUGUGUGUGUGUGUGUGUGUGUGUGUGUGUGUGUGUGUGUGUGUGUGUUGGGGUGGUGGUAAUUAUGGUUUCCAGUUCCAUGUAGAGCAGAUUCCCCAGACCCAAUAGUGUGUGACCCAAUAUCACCAAUAUCCCAAUUGAUCUUUGAAAGGGAUAAGAGACACAUGCAGUCAAAGACACACUAGAUCACGGCUCAGUCUGGCCUCCUAGCAGUCAAAGACACACUAGAUCACGGCUCAGUCUGGCCUCCUAGCAGUCAAAGACACACUAGAUCACGGCUCAGUCUGGCCUCCUAGCAGUCAAAGACACACUAGAUCACGGCUCAGUCUGGCCUCCUAGCAGUCAAAGACACACUAGAUCACGGCUCAGUCUGGCCUCCUAGCAGUCAAAGACACACUAGAUCACGGCUCAGUCUGGCCUCCUAGCAGUCAAAGACACACUAGAUCACGGCUCAGUCUGGCCUCCUAGCAGUCAAAGACACACUAGAUCACGGCUCAGUCUGGCCUCCUGGCAGUCAAAGACACACUAGAUCACGGCUCAGUCUGGCCUCCUGGCCAUCACUAUAGAAAUGAGCAAUGCUGGUUCAGUUGCUCAUUCAUAAUUAUUCAUGUUCGGAAUCAUCCAAAUGAUCUUAAAAAGGUCCUGGCAAUGCAACACAGAUACACCCUUAUUCUUUUCCAUCUUGGUGUGCAAUUUACUGCCAGGAAUGUCUAGCUGUAUAAAACAUUCCAUUAUGUAUUAUUCAUCUUUGUGUUUUCAUUUUGGAUGCUUGUACAAAAAAACACACGUUUGUUGCUCCUAGGGACAUGAGGUCCAAAUGCUCUGCCUGAUUGGGGCACAUAUUUGUGUCAGUGUUAUUCCACACUCAGAGGUUGGUCCUGUUUUAGAACAGCAUCAUCAAGCAGCUGAAGAUGGGACUAGCCAGCCACAGCUAAUACAAAGGCACUGAUUUCUGUGUCAAGUAUUAUUGGCCUCAAAUGUAAUGACAGAACUUCAUGGUAUUGACCCUCUCAGUCUACAACCAUGCAUACAAAACCUCUGGGAUCAGAUGCCGUGUAGUUUAAUCAGGAUGGGUCUGACUCGUUUACAAGUGGGUGUUGCCUUAAAUCAUCUUCAAUCUUGUGAAUCUAGUAUCAGUUCCACAGCACUGACAAAACACUAUUCCUGUGAUCUAAAUCACUCUUUAUACACCCUUUUGAAGUCUCUAGCUAGACUUAAGGUCAGUUUUGGAUUAGAAUGAGAGAAAUCGCUCUUUGAGCCAGACUUCAGCAAGUCGCUACAUGUCAUGUUGAUUGCAAAGUAAAGUUUUAUUUGAGUAUUACUUUUCUUUUAAUUCUAAUCUUCAUUGAAAUGAACAUGUGACGGCAUCCAUCGCUAAAGUAAUGUGGAUCACAGGAAUAGUGUAGAAGUGGUGGCGAUCGUGAUCACAUGCCAGUUUAGUUCCACAGGAUUUGUGUGUGUGUGUGUGGGCGGAGAGUGAGAAUGAAAUGGCUAAUCCACUGACAUCCAAGACUGGUCUGUAGUACUUGAACAGAAGUAGUGGUUUAGGAUUUAAGACUCGGCUGCUGUUUGAAUGGGUGCAAAUAGGAAACUACUUUUAGUUUUAGUGUGAUUUUGAAAGCAGAAAUCUGAUAUUAAAAUAUCAAUCAAAAAUGAUCCAUAAGCAACUAUACAAUGUAUACAUUUAAAACGCAAACACAAAGUGUGAGGUAAGCAAUUGAAUAACAAAUGUACUAAUUGUUUUGACACAACUACAGACUUCUGGCAGUAAAACCCAUGACAUGAGACCAGGUCAGACUCUUAACCCGUGGACCAGUGGUCCUCAUUCAGUCACUGAACAACAAGAAACUGACCAUUAUUUAAUCUGCUAUUGUUUUACCUACAUACCACUGCAUUAACCAGUCAUUGAACCACUCUUCAAUCGAGAGUGCAUAUAUGCAGCAAUAUUAUAUUUAUUUUUGGUCGUGCAGAAUAUCGAAACUUUUUUUCUUGACCAUCUUUUUUAGAGGUAUUUACUUUCUCAUUGCUUUGAUAAUUUAUGCUAAACGCUUUUGUACACUCUGUGUAUUACAGGGAACUGGAACUAUGAAUUUAUGAUCUAAAGUAUGUACAUAAAGUAUGUAAAGUAUGCCUAAAGUCUAAAGUUAAUGUGCAGUGUUUUUAAUUUUAGGUUCAUAAUUAUUCUUUAAGAUAAUCAUGGUCCUAGCAUUGGCAAAAGUGAAACUAGAAAGCAUUGUAGCCCAAAUCCUGCUCAGACAGAAGACACAGCCCAUUGGAAUUACGAAUACAUGGAGUGAACUCAGUAUCAGUAUUAUAAUAUUUUUUGUGCAAUGCAAUUAUUUCAGUCGAUCAUUUGCAUAUUUAGUCAUUUUGAUCAUUUCUCUUACAUGUUCCCCAAACGGACCCCACUAGCGCACCUUUAAAAUCAAGCAGUUUUUUUUUUCUUUAUUAUUAACUUUUUCAUCUUUGUUUUGCCUACAAAAAACUGAGCGUGGAAUCUGAGUGGUCUUUUAGCUUGUGUUCUUUCUCCCUGGUGAACCUCGGAGGUUGACUGAGCCCCACUGGCUCCUGCUACCUACUAUGUCAAACAGACUUUUCAUGCAAGUCACUGAAACCAAAGAGUGUGUGCAUUGCAUAGUAUUAAAACGAUGUGUUAGCAUUAAAAGUACAUUCGACUCCCACCAAAAUGAGCCGGCCCUUUCCUCAGUCUCACACAUCUCUCCCUCCUGGUUCUAUUUCUCCUCAGUACACAGAUGAACAAAAUUGUAUUUGUGAAGAAACCAUUUUCUAAAGAGUUAUUUGUGGUAAGAAAAUGUGUAUAUUUACUUCCUGUUUGUAACGUUCUUUGAAUCCAAAUUGUGAGGUGAGGAUGUGGUUGAGGUGUUGUGUUGUGCUCCUGCUCAAGCUUAAAGGUGUGCGUGAUGAGAACAGUUAGGUAUUUCUCUUUGGCGCAGACAUGUUCUCUGAGACAGAAGGCCGUUCUUGCAGCAGUAUAGAAAUGCAGGUCUCUUGUACAGGUUUUUUUUCUACUCACUUUAGUUUUCUAUUUUCUGUAUAUAAAGAAUAAAUUAUUUUUUAAAACAGUUCUUACUGCUUUGUCUAAUGUAUGGAAGAAAACUGUUACCUUUUUGAGCAUAAAAAAUGGUGUCUAUGCAUACACCAGAGCCUCUCCUCUGCGCAGCAGUUUCUUCAACUGGGCACAAAUGUCUUAAACUUUACUAAAAUCAAUAAAGACGAUAAAGUGA